CGUGCUGAACGAAUUCUCAAACACACUCUUGAAGAGGAAUCCUGCCGAAGAAGCUCAAGUGAAUCACCCCUUGGGUUUGAGCUCACGUCUCUGAGUUGCUUCACUUCAUUCAGUCUCGAGACACCGGACCGACCACAAGGUGUUGGAGCUCACAGUCUGUAGUCGGUUUUCUUUUGUACUUGAAGGUUUCUCAUUGUGCUUUUUACACAUUUUAUACUUAAUUGCUCUUCAGUGAUGAUUAUUGCCUUGUGGAGAUUGCGUCACUGGUUUUGGGUGUGAAGAAUUUUUUUCUUUUAAUUUAAUUUUCCAAAAAGAGAAAAAAACAAUUAUACGUGUGUCCCAGGUGUGCCAGUGAGGAAGGCACAUUUUAAAACAAUUCAACGAUUUUUGUUCAGAGCGAAUCUAAAAUUGAAGGUCAACCUGUAUGUGUGUGGAUUAUUCGAUGGAUACCAAGUGUGACGAUCCAGGUGAAAAACGCGCCAAAAGACAGCACCUGUGACAACGGAGACUUCCUACUUGAACCUCAUAAAUUUUUAUCUUGCACAGAGAAGUGUUGAAACAAUUACUCAGUGUAGUGCUAUAGUGUUUGAUGGAUUUUUUUCCUGGUUUGCUGAAGUGUUUGGUUUUAAGCCCUGCAACCUAUAAAAAUAUCUCUUCUAAAGAACUAAUAUCGAAUCGAAGUGUUAUCAAGUCGAGAGCUUUUGAACUUGCGAGUGUUUCCAAUUCGAAUUUAUUUUGGUUCUUAUCACUAAUUUCCUGCUGAUAGGAAGAAAAGAGUGCCAAAUUGUUUGUGGAAAACCCUUCAAAGUGUCUUCUUAAGCUUUUUUUUUUGUCUGAAGAAAAAAAAGGGGAUGAACUGAAGGUGUUGCCUGACCAAAGAAGAUGCUGGACAAUUUUGAAAGCAAAAUCACUUUUGAAAUCCCAACUAAUUUGGACUUUCAAACCCUAGCUAUGUCCAAUAACUACACAGUCCUCCUCACCGGAGUCGGUGAGAUGGACCUCAGCUCGACAUUGGGUGACACAUCCACUAGUAUCAGUGGGACUCGAGGUGGAUUGGCCAGAGAUGGCCUCCUAACUGGAGAUGCUGAGUAUGAUCGAUUUAUCGGAGACGUUUGGGUGGGAAUUCUGCUCACUCUCAUGAUUGUCUCCUCAAUCUUCUGCAUGUGUGCCUGUUUCCUGUAUCAUAAAUUUCUCCAGUGGAAAACAAGCCUACACCAAAGUCACCAAGGAGCCAAUGACAACCUGGAAGCAGGCCUGCAUCACUUCGAUAGUGAUUCAUUACCUAGCUAUACUCUUGUCUCAGGACUGCCAAGUUACGAUGAUGCGUUAGAGUCCUUCAGGUAUCCUAACACAGCCUCAACGACACGUCCCUCAAUCAUAAAGCUUUUCGCUUUCGAACCUAAUCCCAAGGGGCAGGAUUAUGGACCUCAGAAAGACAAAGGAGUUAUGGAAGAAGCGCCUAGCUACGAUGAUGCUGUAGGUGGACACCAGAUGGCACGAAAAGUGCUACAGUGUCGCGUUCCCAGCUAUGAGGAAGCCACCAGGGCGCCUAGAUUAUGUGUUAACCUGCCUAGAUCCUUAAUUGCGGGUCGGGAACUCGCACAGCUGCACAAAGUCCCCUCAGCGGGCGAUGUGAGCAGUCAGAGUGCAAUAAGUAGGUCCCCGAUACGCCACAACAGCCUGCCCCGCAACUUUAGUCGUCAGUUGGACCUGUGACUCUCAUCUGUGAUACCUCAGCAACAUAAUUCAAUAUUAUAGCAAUAGAAUAACUGAAAGACUCUGUAACCAAGGAGAACAAGGUUGCACUGAGGAAGAUGUUAAAACAUAUGCUGUGACUUUUACCAUGUAGUUUUUGAGAUGAGGAUGAUAUUUUACUUAAUUUAAGCUAUAGAUGAAUUUUUAGAUUAAAAUGUGAUUUCUCACGUGAAAUCCUUAAUUGGUGCUCUUCGGAAGGAUUGAGAAAUAUAAGACAGAUAUUUUUUCUUUGUAUAAAGUCAAAAAAAAAUAGUCAAUAAAGUAAUUGUAUUUGCAAAUUUUA